AUGCCAACGUAAGCACACUAACUCAAAAUAAUUAAGUAGGCCAGCAGUAUUGUGUCCAUCAGGUGCGGCAACAUAACCACAUCUUACCGGGACCGCAGUUGUUGACCCCGGCUACGAAUGCUCUACAUGUUGUAUUUAUUACCCAAGCGCAACCAGACCUCAAAAAUGGCCCAUUCAUAUUCUCAUGCUAUUUUAUGGGAGUCAGUUGCUCAUAAAAACUUGUGACCUAGCAUGUGAUGUAGGAUAAACUCCUCAAUAUUGGAAACUGACUUUUUCUCCUCAGCUGUGCUCUUGAAAGGUGCGAUAGAUGCGGCUGUUGUCACAAUAACUCGAAUAUAACAUAGUAAAAAUGUACUCCCCUCGAACCUUGGCAAUCAUGCUUCUGCUGAACACUAGAGAUCUGAUGGUAGUUUUUGUCUACUCUACCUCUAGUCCUUUUAGUUACUGACAUUAACAUACCUGAGCGACAGCCCAGCAUAUAAUCAGCAGGGUUAUCACUGGCGGCUACAGUCCACACUGAUUAUUGGUCGUUGGACAACGUAACCAGCCAAGGCCGCUUUCCUAUCUCCCACAUUCAAGACCUUACCGAUGCUUUUUUCGACAAGGUGGUCCUUUCUAGUGUUCACGUGGUUGGGGCUUUCGACCGCGUCCAGUUGCCUCGAUAAUGGUCUUCAUCAUCUCCCUAUGGCGCCUGCUAGCUCAUAAACAUGCUCCUUUGAUCCUAGAAACGUCUUCUUAAAAUCCACAGAAUUUCGUCGUCAGAGUCCUCCACAGCUGCAGUGGCUAGACUAAAUAAUAUACGAGAUACGGAACCCUGAUGUCUGUUCACCCCCAAUAGUUUGGCGUCACCCGGCGCAAUUUCCCUACAAUUCGUCGACCAUCUAGUUAGUUCAGUUGCCAUCUACCUCCUCUCUUUCAGAAUUGCGAUCUUCCACGUGUUCCUGCAGUCCGCCUCUAAAUGCCGCUCCCAGCGUUCCAUGGGCAGGAUGGACUUCUACCACCGGUUCCUUCCUAACUCUGUACACGUCCUCCUUCAAUUUGUGAACCUCCUUUCUGAUCCCAAAAGUUGGCUCGAGCCGUCUUUGAUAAAAUGGGCUACCCUGGCUGACGCAACCCUCCUCACUUACGCAUUCCUCCUCACACCCCUUUUCUCUGUGGUAGGCUUCUGGAAUGCUGCCACUGGAGAAGAUCCUCGAAAACGCAUCGGUGCUCAGAUGCAUCCCAGCCUGCCUCCCUGA